UCCAUGGUGAUGUAAGGACGUGUGCUGUACAUGUGGGUUAGGCAGCCAACUCAUACACGGAGUUUCAGAGUUUUGCGAACUCGAAAUGUGAUUUAUAAAUUUCUGAGAAACAGACUUCAGUCACAGAUUAAGACCGCAGACUAACAGGCAGAACAUGACUGUGUUUCGGAGGCUUGCUGCAGGAGUUUCCUCGUUUAGCCAAAGUCUCACUAAACUAAACGGGCUGCUUUCUGCUCGUCAGUGCUCACUACCUGACAACAUGGGUGUACUUCACGGGAAUAAAUGCUUUGUUCGAGGGUUUAGCGCUGUGCCGAAUCAAGACGCUGUCGAAGUGGACAUAAGUCGCCUGGAAGGUGAAGACCAGGGCAUUGUGGAGGUUCUGAUGUGUCGGGAACGGGCGCGGAACUCUCUGGGCCGUGUGUUUGUGGCUCAGAUGCGAGAGCUGGUGUCGGGUCUGCACCAUGACACAGCCGUGCGGGUGGUGAUCUUUAGGAGUCUGGUGCCUGGAGUCUUUUGUGCAGGGGCUGAUCUAAAGGAGAGAGCACAGAUGAGCAACUCUGAGGCUGAGCAGUUUGUUCAUGGACUCCGUUCACUAAUGAAUGAGAUAGCGGCGUUGCCCAUGCCAACCAUCGCUGCAGUGGACGGCUUCGCUCUAGGCGGUGGGCUGGAGCUGGCGCUGGCGUGUGACCUCCGGACAGCAGCAUACACUGCUCAGAUGGGCCUGAUUGAGACCACGCGGGGACUUCUUCCAGGGGCAGGGGGCAGUCAGCGUUUGCCACGGGCAGUGGGAUUUGCUGUGGCGAAGGAGCUGAUCUUUACUGGGCGGCGUGUGGGCGGGGAACAGGCUCUACACCUUGGAUUAGUGAACCGUGCUGUCCCACAAAACGAGAGCAGAGACGCAGCUCAUAGAGAGGCUCUGAACCUGGCCCAGGAAAUCCUCCCUCAGGCUCCGUUUGCAGUGCGGAUGGCCAAGGAAGCCAUGAGCCGAGGAAUAGAGGUGGAUGUCGCUUCAGGAAUGGCCAUCGAGGGGAUGUGCUAUGCCCGGGUUAUUCCAACACAAGACAGGAAAGAGGGAAUGGCAGCUUUUAUAGAGAAAAGGCAGCCCAGAUACACUGGAGAAUAAACAGACACUGAUCACACAAGCACUUUAAAGAGCUGUUUUGUGAUUCUAGUUUUACUGGAUUAUUAGAAUACUUUCUAAUAUCAAAACAUACAAUAUCGUACAUAUUGGUUACAUACAGUUUAGUUAAGUAAGGAAUAAAACACUUGGGGGUGUACUGUGCUAGGAAAAUUAUCAACAACACGGUGAUGUGAUGGCGUUACCAGUACUAUGCUAUUUUCCAGUAAACCUUUAAUUUGCCUUGUAACUACUGUCAGAGCUGUGCUAGGACAGUAUAGAAAAUUAAUCAACACCUUCUGACCAAUCUCAAUCAAGAAUUCAGCAGCAUCGUGGUAUAAUAAACAUUAUAUAGUAUAUGCUGAGAAUCUGUCUAUGGUUAAUGUGCCAAGAAAUGCAGUCAUACAUCAUUUACUUCAACCACGAUGAACAUAUCAGAUAACAAUAUUAUGUAUUUUGUUAAAAAAAUGUUUUUGAAAGCUUUGGUAUUAAUUACCAUUUGGUAUGGUCAUUCAUAACAACCACAGUACAGUUGAUUUACAGAUGCAUUUUUAGCAAUCUGUAUUCAUACUGUUUAGGUGAACAUGGUAUUUCUGAUAAUAAACAUUUAUUACCAGAAGGAAAGAUCCUAUGUUUUAAUGUUUUGUUUGAAUUAUGCAGACAUUUUGAUUGUAUUACAAGAUAAUCAUUAAGUCAGAUCAAGUUUUAUCCAACUAAAUCUGCUUAGAUGAAGGCAAAUAAAUUUGGGAAAUGUAUUUUCUGAGUUCAUUGUGCAUCUUUUUUUUUUUUUUUUUUUUUUUUUUUUACCAAACCAGAGGAACAGCACUGCAUCAGAUAAAUACCAAAUUGAUCUAAUAUCUCUUAUGGGAUUAUUAUAAAUCAAAUAUAAGAUUAUUCAGAUUAUUCUGUUUUUAGAUGCCUUUACACAUUUCAAGCUUUAAAUUUACUCAUUCUGUUGGCACAUCAUUUUGCUUCUUUUUAGUGUUUAAAGAAGGGGGAAAUGCUCUGCCAACAGAACAAGACUACAGGCGCAUUUAAAAAAUUUGAAUAUCGUGGAAAAGUGGAACUUCCAUAAAUCCUAGAUUCAUUACACAUAAAGUGAAAUACUUCAAGCCUUUUUUUGGUUUUAAUCUUGAUGCUUACGGCUUAUAGCUCAUGGAAAUUGCUUUAAUAGUCUUAUGAAUGGCUUAUUGAAAUCUUAUAUAUAUAUAUAAAAUAAAAUGUGUAUAUGAUAUUUUCACUUCCUUGGAUGUCAUUUUUUGCAGUGCUGAUAAAGGUUAUUAAAGAAAAAUACACUCCUGUGGUUGAAACAGUUGGUUUAUCUUAAAUAUCUUAAGUAGUUUUCCCCACCAUUCAAUAAGACCACCAAACUAAGAGUGUAAAGUUAUCCUUUAACUUAUUUUUCUGAUUGGUUAAGGCCUGUUGCCAGAUUAUUCUUAUUAUAUUGUAAAAGCAUAUCCAUUGUAAUAAGACUAAAGGGCAGUCUGGGUUAACUUUAUUUAAAAAAAAAAAACCAACAAACAAACAAACAAAAACAUGGUUUGGAACAAUAUGACUUUUGCUUUAUCUGGAUGCUAUGUGUUUGGUUUAAAAAAAAAAAAAAAAGUUUAUGAGGGGCCAUGUACACCUGAUGUGUCUUUAGAUAACUGACCAAAAUGCUAUGGAGUUUAGUCCAAUUAUACCCAAAGAGCAACAGCCAGGUUUUUCCUCACUUGAAUGAAAAGGUUUGAAUGCAUGACCUUGUAUUUUUACCCAAAUAGGUGCUUUCAGUAAACUUUCAGUCUACCACAACGUUUAUGAAGUGUCAUGUUCACUGUAGGUGAUCCAGCAGACGUUUCUGACAUGGUUGGCAGUUAACUGAAGAUAUAUUUCAUGCUACCUACAGAAGCUAGCCAUGUGUAGAAGGGUAGAUAAAUAUAUAGCUGUGUGAAAUGUAACCUUUAGUAAAAUUCACAUGACAGUCUGCAAUUCAGACCCUGUUAGAGCCCCGACCCUGUAGUUAAAAGAGAUUUGGAAUGUGCGAAAGCUGUUUAAAUGUUAGGAACUCUAUCUAGGUAUACUAUUUCAUUUAUAAUGCAUCCAAUUGUAAACAAAGUUAAUAACAGCUAGAAAGGCAAUUCAGGCAGGCAUUAUAAGGCAACAUACCACAUGGUCAAGUAACGAGUUUGCCCAAAAAUGGAUCAUCUCUUUGGUAUCUGAUAUAGAUUCACACACCAAUUAACAUACUCAACAUCCAGUUUAUUAGGAACACCUGCACAUUCUGGCAGUUAUCUAAUCAGCCAAUCAUGUGGCAGCAGCAGCGCAAUGCAAAAAAAUCAUGCAGAUACAGUUCAGGGGGAUCAUCUGGUCUUUUUCCAGUCUUCAACUGUCCAGUUUGGGUGAGUCUGUUCCCAUGAUAGCCUCUGAUUUCUGUUCUUGGCUGCCAGAAGUGGAACCCGAUGUGGUCUUCUGUUGUUGUAGCUCAUCCACCUCACGCUUUGAUGUGUUGUGUGUUCUGAGAUGCUUUUCUGCUCAUCACGGUUGUUAAGAGUGCAGUGAGUUACUACAGAUGUCUUGUCAGCUCAAACCAGUCUGGUCAUUCUCCUCUGAUCGCUCCUCAACCUGCAGACCCUAUGUUUGCAGGAUGUGGUGUUUGGUGUUUUUUUUUUUUGUUUUUGUUUUUUUACAUGAUUCUGUGUAAACUCUAGAGACUGUUGAGUAUGUGAAAGUCCCAGGAGAUCAGCAGUUUCUGAAAUACUCAAACCCAACCUAUCUGGUACCAACAACCAUGCCACAGUUAAAGUCACCAAGCUCACACUGUCGUCCCCCCCCAUUCUGAUGUUUGAUGUGAACAUUAACUGAAGCUCUGUACUUGUAUUAUUUUACACAUUGUGCUGCUACAUGAUUGGCUGAUUAGUUAACUGCAUGAAUGUGCAAGUGUAUGGGUGUUCCUAUUAAAGUGCAUGGUGUGUGUAUAUACACAGAGAGAGUGUGUGUGUGUGUGCAAUUUCCCAUGUAGUUUCCCAGCAAUUUUCAAGUCUUUAUUAUUGAAGUACAUGGCCCCACAUACUAAAUGAGAUUAAGGAAAGAAAUACAACAUGAGAACAAAACCAUCAACAGAAAUAAACCAAAUGAAAGCAAGUCUGAAAUGUUCAUUGGCUUACAGUUCAGACAAAGCAGGCGUGUGAUACCAAAAUCACAUCAUCUCGCUCAACAUCUCACAUCCCACCCUGGCAUGUCUGGCUGUUAAAUACAGACAUCCAUACCCAUUUUGGAGCCAGUGUCACAGAUUGUUGCGUGGUCUCUCUCUGCAACAUUUGAAUAACAGGCCUAAGAAGAGCUGUGCAAUAUUGAGCAGUGAAGCCCAUGGUUUAACACUGUCCUAAUCUAUGCUUCACUGUCUCUGAUGCUCUUAUGACCUUAUUACAUAGAGCUUCUCAAAUAUAAGUUAUCCCCCAACCCCCCCAAAUUUGUACCAUUUUUCUCCGAUUAGAAAAAGCAAAAAUCAACAUAGCGUUAGUUCUUUACGUGCAAAACACAACUUUUCUUUAGAACAGCAUCUUUGUCAUCUGCCACAGUAGAUCCCAUUUACAGUACUAUACUUUUGCAUGAAACCUCUCAUGCAGUCAAAUGCAGUGACAAGUACAAAGUAACUACCACCAAACCCUCGAGCACCCACACGUAUACAUGCAUACAUCUAUAUACAUACAAAUAUAACAAUUUAGGAAUGAACCCCAUCUCAAAAUGAUACAAAUCGGAGUUUCAGAAACAUACGUUUGAGAUAUUUAUUGCCAUGUGUCCACAGGGACAAGAAUCUGUCGAAAUGGGAUUUGACUCAAUCCGUCUGUGCAUAUUGAGCAUCCCGAGGAACUAAAGCAUGCUCUCUCAGCACAUGCAGACAUGCUGUCAUGCUACUCUUUCGUUCUUGCCACUCUUCACCCAAUUGUCCCCUCCCCCCAGACAACAGAGAUGAUAAAGAAACAAACAUUAUAGUUUCGAAACAGAGAAAGGACAAACAUUUUUAUAAAGAUUUGCUUUGUGCAAACGAACGCUUGG